CAGAAUGAAAUAACAACUUGCUACUGCAGUUUGAAAUGAAACAAGUUAUUAAUGAACACAUCAUUUAUAACAAUUAAAAAAAUGGAAUUAAUCAAUUUCUGUAUUCAUUGGUGAAAAGACAAAAUUAUCUUAGCAGUGGUAUUUGACUAUUUGCGUGUGUGUGUACGCGUGCGAGUAUUUUGUUUGUUGUGCUAGUACUAGUACUGUGUGAAUGAAUUGGCAAUAAUUUGAAGAAACAUUUUUCUCUCAUAGAAUAGCAAAUCAUUUUGUGAAAAUUAUUCACAUUUUAAGAACUUUCUGUCUGAUAGUUUUUAUUUUGUUAUUGUUACUUGAAAAACAUGGAAACCUUACUUGGGAUAAGAUGUAAUGAUUUUGUUAUGCUUGCCUCUGAUAUGUCGUGUGGAGAAAGCAUUUUUGUUGUAAAACAAGAUGAGAGCAAAAUAUUCCAGCUCUCUGAUAAAAUUGCCAUGGGAAUCGUUGGUGAACAUGGAGACACUGUUCAAUUUGCAGAGUACAUCUCCAAAAAUAUUCAGCUGUAUAAAAUGAAGAAUGGCUAUCCACUUUCUCCAAGAGCAGCGGCAAACUUCACUACUAAAAACCUCGCUGAUAGUUUGAGAAGCUCGAGUCCAUACCAUGUUAACAUGUUAAUUGGUGGCUAUGAUAAAGUUGAUGGUCCCCAACUCUUCUACAUUGAUUAUUUGGCAUCUUUCGCUGAAGUUCCUUUCUCCGUCCAUGGCUAUGGUGGCAUGGUAACCUUGGGUCUCUUGGAUAGAUACUACAAAGAAGAUAUGACUGAAGAGGAGUGUUAUGAAGUCAUGAAGAAGUGUGUUCGUGAGAUCCACAAAAGAUUAAUUCUCAAUCUGCCAAACUUCCAGGUGGAAGUUAUCAACAAAGAUGGUGUUAAAUCCCUUCCCAGAAUAACUGUCGAAAACGUGGGAGUGAAUUGAAUAAUUUUCAUGUAUUGCUUAACAAUUAUUUCAUUAAACUUAAUUGAUUUAUAAA